AUGCCGUGGCGCAAGAAGUGGAUUGAUCCUGGGAAGUUUGAGGGGAGCGAGGAAGAGUUGAGGAAGGCGGUAGCGAGGAGAGCGUAUGAGGUUUGGGUUUCUGAAGUCAUGCUUCAGCAAACCCGCGUCUCCACCGUGAUUCCCUACUUCAAGGCCUGGAUCUCCAAAUGGCCAACUAUCCAGGACCUCGCGAAAGCCAAUCAUGAUCAGAUCCUCGCUGUCUGGAAGGGCCUAGGUUAUUACUCCCGUGCAACGCGUCUUCAUCAAGGCGCUCAGGCUAUGGUUUCCCAGAACUCCGGAGCUUGUACUAUCCCGUGCAAGAUCGAAGAGCUUCAGGAGUUUCCCGGUAUUGGGCGAUAUACUGCGGGCGCGAUCUCUAGUAUCGCAUUCGGAGAGCCUGAGCCCGUGCUUGAUGGCAAUGUGGCCAGGGUGCUGAGCAGACAACUCGGGCUGUAUGUUAAUGUCAAGGAUAAGAAGGCGAAUGACCUACUGUGGGAAGUAGCUGACCAGUUGGUCAAGCAUGUUUCUGGAUUUCCAGAAACGCAGCGAGGUGCGGUACCCGGAAAUUGGAACCAGGCAAUGAUGGAGCUUGGUUCGACCAUAUGUACGCCCCGGCCGAAGUGCGGAGAAUGCCCGGUUCAGAAGACAUGCAGGGCAUAUGCAGAGGGCCAGGCUCUUGCGGAGAAGAAAGAUGUUACUACCGGGAUACCCGACAUCGAAGAUGCUUGCUCGCUCUGCGAGCAGUUGGAUACAGAAGAGUUGGUAACCGCCCCCAAAGAGCCCGAAGGACUCGUCGAAGCUGAGGGAACCGCAAAGAAGAGGAAGCGGGGAGCGAAGCCUACGAACACGAUAUCACAUUACUUCGGAGUCAUUACGCCAAGUGGUGACCUCAAAGCCGACACCGAAAACGAUGAAACUGCCGAUGAAGAAACACACAACGGGGCCGGAAAGAGGAAAGCUCCCGCGAGGACCGCAGGACUACUCGCAUCGCUGUGGCAAUUUCCAGAAGGCCCUCUUCCGACGUCGAAGAACUCAGCCAUUCAUCGGAAGACCUCGGCGAAGAAAUUCAUAUCAGGUUUGGAAGCGGGACACAUUGAUAUGGGCAUGGCGAAACAUGUCGCCGAGCUUGAUUCGCUAGUCCACGUCUUCACUCACCUCAGGCUGACCAUGCAUGUGCAUUUAUUUCGGAUCGUAGCGGAUAAGGCUGAAGCGUCCGACUGUGCGAUCGCAGGUCCGCCAGCGCGCAGGUGGAUCGAUACCGACGCCAUGGACAACCAAACCCUCUCAACCGGCAUGCGCAAAUGCUGGGACCUUCUCCAAAAAGCACGCUGA